CAGAGUGACCAUACUACUAUCGACUCACGAUAUCUCUUACACGAGGCUCAGCAAGAGUAUUAUCAUGGUUUGCCUAGAAAUACAGCCAUUUCCUCUGUAACCAGUAAUACUGCAGAAGCGAUGGGUGAUGAUUUCUUUAACAACUUCAUGAUUUCUGCGACUCACUGCUACACAAUUCCAGGAAUGUAA